AUGGCGGAGGGGCGGGGCCUGGAGCCGCAGCGCGGGGGCGGGGCCAGCCCCGAGGGGCAGCGGCGCCCCCCCCGCACCCCCCAGGAGCGGCCCACGGUGCUGACCCGCUGCUCGCAGGUGCCACCCGAGGGGGGGUCGUGCCCCCCCCUGCUGCAGGUGCAGCACCCGGGGGUGUUGGUGAUGAGAACUCGGCUGCCCCCCACCCACGGUCUCCCCACUUUGGAAUGGGGUCCCAAAGACCCCCCCGGCCGAGACAGAGACCCCUCCCCUGCCCCCGCCGGCAGCGACCCCCCGCGCAGCCCCCCAGGUGCAAAAAUCCCACCCAGGCCCCCCCGCCGUGAGCCGGGGGAGGUGGCUCAGUGCCUGCGGCAGCUGGAGAGGAUCCAGGAGCUGGAGCAGCAGCUGGCCCGCGAGCGGCACCGCCUGGGGCUGUUGCAGGCUCAGCUGCUGCGCAGGGGCCCCCCCAGCACGGGUCUCCCCGGGAAGGGCCAGGCCGGGCCCCCCCCCCAAAUUUGGGGUCCCCCCGAGGCCGAAGGGGACCCCGAGAUGCUGCUGCCCCCCCCGGGGCACCCCUGGGAGCGGGGGGGGCUCUGCCCAGAAUUGGAAUAUUACCGGCUGAGCACCGCGCGGCCGCCCUACACGUACGCCACGCUCAUCCGAUGGGUCAGUGAGCCCCCAACCCCGAAAUGCCCCGGGAUCCCCAAAAAUAACCCCUGA